AUGCCUUUUGGCUUAAAGAACGCUGGAGCGACGUAUCAAAGAGCCAUGAACCUGAUCUUCCAUGACAUUCUGGAGAAGAUUCUGGAGGUUCACAUAGAUGAUGUCGUUGUGAAGUCCCAGAAGAGAGGGAACCACAUCACAGAUCUCAAAAAGGUAUUUGAGCGCAUGCGACAACACAAGCUUAAGAUGAAUCCCGCUAAGUGCAUUUUUGGGGUUCAAGCAGGCGAUUUUCUGGGGUUCAUUGUUCAUCAAAGGGGAAUUGAGGUCUCUGAAGAUAAAGCAAGCGCGGUCAUCAAUGCGUCCCCUCCGCGAACGAAAAAGGAACUGCAGCGUUUGCUGGGGAAGAUCAACUUUCUGAGACGCUUCAUCUCCAACUCUGCAGGGAAGAUCCAACCUUUCUCUCCAUUGCUGAAGCUGCAAGGUCAGAACGAGUUUGUAUGGGAGCCUAAACAUCAAGAGGCUUUCGACAGAAUCAAGGCUUACUUAGCGAGCCCUCCAGUACUCGUUCCUCCAAAGGCUGGAUUUCCAUUGAAGCUGUACAUCUCCGCGACUGAGGCUUCCAUUGGCAGCCUGCUCGCCCAGGAUGAUGCGGAAGGCGUGGAGCACGUUAUCUUUUAUCUCAGUAGGACACUCACAGACUGUGAAACAAGGUAUACUCCUAUGGAAAAACUAUGUCUUACGUUGUACUUUUCUGCAUGCAAGUUGCGACACUACAUGUUAUCUUUUACGACUUGCAUCAUCGCCCAGACAGAUCUGGUCAAGUACAUGCUCUCGCGACCUAUUCUGAGAGGUCGCAUUGGUAAGUGGGUGUUGGCUCUGUCCGAGUUCUCGCUACAAUAUGUUCCUCAGAAAUCAGUGAAGGGGCAAGCCAUCGCAGACUUUCUGGCACAUCACCCUAUGCUAGAAAUCCCCACAGUGAAGGAAUUAGAGAUAGCGGCCGCAACUAUAACUCGCCCAGACUUAGCGCGCGUUCCAGAAUUAGAAAUAUGGUAUCAAGCCGCAGUCUGCCUGCAUCCCUGGGUAUUAUUCUUUGAUGGUUCAAGAACUGAAACGUUGGCAGGAGCAGGAAUUGUUCUGGAAAACCCAGCGGGCGAUCGUUUCUCUUACUCUUUCCAACUGGAGUUUAAGUGUACCAACAACCAGGCAGAGUAUGAGGCCCUUAUUAUUGGCCUAGAAGUGUUGCUAGAGUUGGGAGUAAGAGAUGUGCAGGUACGCGGCGACUCUUUGCUCGUGAUAAAUCAGCUUCAGGAGAAAUACAGGUGUGACAGUUGUCUGCUCAUACCAUAUUUGCACCGCGCCUUUGAUCUUUUGGAUCAAUUUGAUAAUGCGGAGCUAGAGUACAUACCUCGCGAGCGCAACUUUACAGCAAAUGAACUUGCUCAGUUGGCUACAGGUAUUACUUUGAAGUAUGGGUUUCUUGAGCGCAUUCUGAAAGUUGAGCGCCGUACACUGCCAUCAUGGCUUGCGCGCCCUGAUCCACCUGAUGACCCAGUUGUCGCGGUCUUAGAGCCUAUUGAUGUUGAUUGGCAUAUUCCGCUGAUUGAUUACCUUAAGGGUGACGAGUUGCGACUGCGUGGGGAAGACGGCAUAGACUUCCGGUGUGUCUAUGGCCAGGAAGCUAAGCGAUUAAUGCGCGAAGCGCAUACAGGAGUAUGCAGAGCCCAUCAAGCAGGACCAAAGAUGCUCUGGCUCAUCAGGCGCCAUGGGUUUUAUUGGCCUAGUAUUCUGAAGGACUGCAUCGCGUUUGCCAAAGGAUGUCAAGACUGUCAGGCGCAUGGUCCAGUGCAGCACAUUCCCAAUAUUCCCAUGCAACCUAUUAUUAAGCCUUGGCCCGCGAGGGGCUGGGCUCUGGACUUGAUUGGAAUGAUUCACCCACAUUCCUCGCUACAACACAAGUUCAUCAUUGUGGCUACUGAUUUCUUUACCAAGUGGGUUGAAACAGAGCCUUUGAAAGAGGCUUCAGGGGCCACAAUUCGCCAAUUCAUUUUUCGGAACAUUAUCUGCAGGUUUGGUAUCCCUGAAGUGUUAGUCUCGGAUAGGGGGGCAGCUUUCAUGGGAGGUGAGGUGGAGAAACUUGUUGAUGAUUAUGGCAUACAGUUCGUCCACAGCACUCCAUAUUAUGCUCAGUCCAAUGGCCAAGCGAAGGCCAGUAACAAGAUCAUUAUCACCCUGUUAAAGAAAAUGCUUGUUGAAAACCCCCGCCAGUGGCACAACACGUUGUAUGAGACAUUGUGGGCUUAUCGCACCUCCAAGCGGAAUCCUACUGCUACAACGCCUUAUGCACUAAUGUUUGGUCAUGAUGCGGUUUUACCCUUGGAGAUCAACGUUCAAUCCUUACGCGUCCAAGACCAGCAUGCCUUGAUUGGCGAGGAUUAUGUCCAGGCAAUGUUGCAAGAGCACGAAGAUCUGAGCGAGCAGCUCUUGGCGGCUUUGGAUAAUCUGGUAAUGGAGAAACAGCGUAUCGCCCGCGCCUAUGAUAAGAGGACACGUGGUCGUAGUUACAAAGAGGGUGACAUCGUUUGGAAGGCUGUCUUGCCCUUUGGCGAGAAAUUGACUGGUCGCGGCAAAUGGACUCCGCGCUGGGAAGGACCCUUUGUUGUUCACCGUAUCCUAGAACGCGGGGCUUUUCACCUUAAGGAUUUGGAUGGCGAAAUCCAUCGUAACCCCAUCAACGGGCGGUUCUUGAAGAAAUAUUACCCUAGUGUUUGGGAGUUUGAAGAUCCACCAGAUCAACCUUCUUCCCAGACAGGGGGGCAAACUUAG